CAUGGGGGUGAACGCCGUGCAUUGGUUCCGCAAGGGGCUGCGCCUGCACGACAACCCCGCGCUGAAGGAGUGCAUCCAGGGCGCCGACACCAUCCGCUGCGUCUACAUCCUCGACCCCUGGUUCGCAGGCUCGUCCAACGUGGGCAUCAACAGGUGGCGAUUUUUGCUUCAGUGUCUCGAAGACCUUGAUGCUAAUCUACGAAAAUUAAACUCUCGUCUCUUUGUGAUUCGUGGACAGCCAGCAGAUGUGUUUCCGAGGCUUUUCAAGGAAUGGAACAUUAGUAAACUCUCAAUUGAGUAUGAUUCUGAGCCCUUUGGAAAAGAACGAGAUGCAGCUAUUAAGAAACUGGCUACUGAAGCUGGAGUAGAAGUCAUUGUGCGAAUUUCACAUACAUUAUAUGACCUGGACAAGAUCAUAGAACUCAAUGGUGGACAGCCUCCUCUUACUUAUAAAAGAUUCCAGACUCUCAUUAGCAAAAUGGAACCACUAGCAAUACCAGUGGAAACUAUUACUUCAGAAGUCAUAGAAAAAUGUACAACUCCUCUGUCUGAUGACCAUGAUGAGAAAUAUGGAGUCCCUUCCCUGGAAGAACUAGGUUUUGAUACAGAUGGCUUAUCCUCUGCCGUAUGGCCAGGGGGAGAAACUGAAGCACUAACUCGUUUGGAAAGACAUUUGGAAAGAAAAGCUUGGGUAGCAAACUUUGAAAGACCUCGAAUGAAUGCAAAUUCCCUGCUUGCUAGCCCCACUGGACUCAGUCCUUAUCUUCGAUUUGGUUGUUUGUCAUGUCGACUGUUUUACUUCAAGCUAACAGAUCUCUACAAAAAGGUAAAGAAGAACAGUUGCCCUCCACUUUCCCUUUAUGGACAAUUAUUAUGGCGUGAAUUUUUCUAUACAGCAGCAACAAAUAACCCACGUUUUGAUAAAAUGGAAGGAAAUCCCAUCUGUGUUCAGAUUCCUUGGGAUAAGAAUCCUGAGGCUUUAGCAAAAUGGGCAGAAGGCCGGACAGGCUUUCCUUGGAUUGAUGCCAUCAUGACACAACUUCGCCAGGAGGGUUGGAUUCACCAUUUAGCUAGACAUGCAGUUGCUUGCUUCCUGACACGAGGUGACUUAUGGAUUAGUUGGGAAGAAGGAAUGAAGGUAUUUGAAGAAUUAUUGCUUGAUGCAGAUUGGAGCAUAAAUGCUGGGAGUUGGAUGUGGCUAUCUUGUAGCUCCUUUUUCCAACAGUUUUUUCACUGCUAUUGCCCUGUUGGUUUUGGUAGGAGAACAGAUCCCAAUGGUGACUAUAUAAGGCGUUACUUGCCUGUCCUUAGAGGUUUCCCUGCGAAAUAUAUCUACGAUCCCUGGAAUGCACCAGAAGGUAUCCAGAAAGUGGCCAAAUGUUUGAUAGGAGUAAAUUAUCCUAAACCAAUGGUGAAUCAUGCUGAGGCAAGCCGUUUGAAUAUUGAGAGGAUGAAACAGAUCUAUCAGCAGCUUUCACGAUAUAGAGGAUUAGGUCUUCUUGCAACAGUGCCAUCUAAUCCUAAUGGGAAUGGAAAUUUCAUGGGGUAUUCUUCUGGAGAAAAUACCUCAGGUUCUAGUAGCAGUGGAAGUUACUUUCAAGGAAGUGGUAUUUUACAUUAUGCUCAUGGAGAUAGUCAACAAACUCAUCUAUUAAAGCAAGGAAGAAGCUCCUCAGGCACUGGUCUCAGCAGUGGGAAAAGGCCGAGUCAGGAAGAGGACAGGCAGACUCCUAAAGUCCAGCGACAAAGCACUAACUAGAAAACGUUCAGGAGGAAAAUACUGUUGCAGCUGAAAUUGGUGGGGAGUUCAAUACUUUUUCAGUUAAAUUAUUUUAAAAUGUUCUUCACUGAUGGAAAAUAGUUACAUUUUUAAAUAUAUUGUUUCUAAUGGCAUUUUUGUGGUUUUUAACUUUUUAAUAACCUUCACAUAGAUAAAAUGGCAAUUUGUAUAUAAAGAAUUUGGUCAAAGAGUUUGCUUCAUGUAAAUACUGUCACAGUUAGCAUAGACCCAUCAAUAUAUUUUUGAUAAUUUUUGAUGUAUGGUAAAGCUUAAGGUUGCAAAUGGAUUUAUGAUAUAAAUAAAAAUUUUGAAAGUCAGUGUGGGAAAAUAAGAAGUUUAUACUUUCUUAAGAGACUUUGUUAAAAUUUUAGGUUAAAAUUUUCUUGACAUUGAUUUAUC